AUGUUUUCGACUGAGAUCAAGAUGCGCCAAGAGCGAGGACCGUCCGCUUCGCCUGCAUCCGAGCAUGCAGGCUCCUCGCCAUCCGUCGCUUGCCGCAUCUUGAAGGGCCAUGAAGACUCCGUUGUCGGCCUCGACCUCUUCUGCUCGCCUCCGUUUCCUCCCGGCGCCCACGUCAGUCCCCAUUGCCACUGUUCUUGUCGGACACAAUCUCUUCUCCGCAGCGACGCAGACCCGGAACGAGACACAUCAGAAGGGAGUGCCUGUCCUUUGCGUCGGCGUCGCGCGAGUUGUGAGAAACGUACAGAUGCUCCAGGAGACACGGGGCAAGAGACUACAGGUGCCCACACGCUGGACGGGACGUGCUGUGACUCAGUCUCGCCAUCUUCGUCUGUCUUUGUCUCUUCACUGCACGCCGCGUCAACUCGUCCCCGUUGCGACGGGCAGUGCUCUGAGGCUUCUCCGUUCCUGCAAGGCAGCUCGAGGCCUCCUUGUGGAUGGUGCGAGAGUGGCUGUCCUUCUGUGGUCUCGCCAUGGUGUUCUUCCCUCCUCGCCAGCGCCAGUGACGACGGCACGGUGCGUCUGUGGGACUUGAGAGAAGAAAAGGCCGUUGCAUGCAUCAAGCAUCCGCUCUUUCUUUCUGCGGGGGGAUCUGCAGAGGACACGACGUCGAAUCUCGGCGCCGUCAAAUUCCACCCAGAAACCUACCGGCUUCUCUACGUUGCCUGUGGCAGUCGACUUCUUCUGUUCGACCUUGCGGCCACGCCCGUCGGUGCGUGGCGCGGGCGAGAGUCUUCGAACGGCGUCUCGCAAGUUGCAGUGCUGAGCCAGGAAAAGGCAGACCAACGGGCGGUGCCUGCGUGCGGAGACCAGGAACGCCGACGAGCACACGGAGGGGAGAACCCGACAGGCGAGCGAGAACCGGAUGGGGGAGGAGCCAGAGAAGACAGCUGUGCUUGGACAGACGACGCAGCGGCGAUCUGGAGUAUGGACCAGUACGCUCAGCUUUUCGUCGAUGAACGACGAAAACGGGGUUCUGGGAAAGACGCCAGCCGGCCCGUGGAAGACGAGGAGUCUUCUGAAGACGAUGAUCCUCUUACCAUCAACGACUUCGACCUGUGGUGUCCGUCGCCUCAACAACUGCGAGAGCUGAAGUUCGGUGCGUCCUCGCCAGGAGGCGACUCGCUCGCACCGCCCUCGAAAGCGUCUUCUCGCCGGGUCCCGGCCAAGAAGAAAAAGGGGCCAGGUCGCUCCGCGGUGACGGAGGAGUCUUCUGCCCAUGCAGCGCACGGAGCUGCCGCCGGCGUCUCUCCUGUGUGUCUCGCGCUUCCUCUUGACAGCGGCGAAGUCGUGGUAGCGCUCCACAGAACGCCCCUGGCAGCGGUCGAGCUCCAGGGCUCGUCCCUGGCGCCCGGUGGGACUGCGAAGCCGCAGGGCGAUAUCGACGUCGCCUUGCAACUUCAGAAGGACAGGCUGCUUUGCAUGCAUCGCAGCAUCUGCGGCGUCGCGAGAUUCCGAAAAGACGAAAACAUUCCUGAUCUCGUCACGGGAGGCUUUGACUUCAACGUGAACUCGUGGAACCUGGUUGAAGCGAAGCCGCGAGUAAGCCUGGAAGUGCGGCGAGCCGUCGCGGAUCUGAGGAACCACGUAAUGCCCUGGGAGACGAAGCCUCCUCACGCGAAGGUUUCCAAGGGCGCAAACGCGGUAGGUCAAAAUCAGUCGAGGCAAGCAGGGAACGAAGGCCCCGAGGACACAAAAUGCCUAAACCCCCCCUUCGUUGUCUCCCUCGCUAUGGGUCCAGACUGCCGCAGGGUCGCGGUGGGGCUAGGCGAUGGCCACCUCUCUGUCUUCGAUUACGCAAACUCUUCUCGAAAUGCACGGCUUCUGCCUACGCCAUCUUGGACUAGCCAGCCUCACAGCCUGUCGUCAGCAGCCCUAAACUGGGUUUCGAGCCCGACAGCUGUUCACAACGCUGCCCCGGGUAACACGGCGCGCCGUGAUUCUCCUGGUGGCUCGUCGGCAGGCAACUCGGUCCUGUCUAGUCCCUCUGGGGGCGUCGGGUCUGUGUUGGUGAGCUGUGGGACUGACCGGCGCCUUUGCGUCUUUACAGACACACCCCUGACUUCGGGGGAGGCCUCGGAGCCCAGAAACAACCGAGACAGCUCCCUCCGCUUGCUGCUACAGCAUCGUCUUCCCUAUAAGCCAAACUGCAUGGUGUGUGCCAGCAGCUGCACUGUGACUGGAUGCGCAUGCAGCCAGCUUCUUCCACCGACUCUCUCUAGGGCGACGGUGACAAGUGCCGGAAAAAGUGGGCCGCGCAGCCCGGAAACAGCCUGCGGUGCCACCGUUUGUGGUAAUGCAAACCCGGCGGCGCUUCGCUGCUACGUCGGAGAUGUCUCUAAAGAUAUUCGGAUUUUCGAAUUCCCUUGUUAG